UGUCUGCUUAGUGGCUGCUGCUAUGGUGCGUGGAGCAUCGAGACGUUAGUGGUCAUAUUAACGUCCCGGUUUAGACUUAACGGCGAGACAGAGUCGCGGAAGUAAACAUAAAAGGAAAUAAGCAUUGGAGAAUAUGAACAAAGUGGACGCACCAUGUCGACCCGCCGCCUCUCUGAAAUUCACUAUUGACAACAUCCUCAAUCUCAAGACAAGCGGGAGGAACUGUGACAGUUGUCACCCCGCCGGACUGCAGGAUGACUCGGCCACGGCGAUGCGUAAAGACGGUUUCCAGAGCCACCACGAGGAGCACGUAGUCCAGCAGCGACAGGACCCGGGCAGCAGGCUCAACGAGAGAGAGUUGAUCACAGACUGCAACGGAGCAACGGAAUCUGUCAUCAUCAGCCGCGGAGACCCGAAGAAGGCGAGGGAGGUGCGCUUCGAAAGCGGGGACAGCAGCUGCGACGACAGCAGCUCCACUACCACGGCCACGGACACCCACAAAGGAGGCAACCCUGCCAAGAAGAGCAAAAUAAUAACGAAAAAGAAAACGCGCACUAUUUUUUCCAAGAGACAGAUUUUCCAGUUGGAGUCUACCUUCGACAUGAAACGCUAUCUGAGCAGCGCAGAGCGCGCCUGCCUCGCCAGUUCCCUCCAGCUUACGGAGACCCAGGUGAAAAUAUGGUUUCAGAACCGCAGGAAUAAAUUGAAACGGCAAAUAUCGACCGAAAUCGACGGACCUGUUAACGAUUUCCCCGAGACUGGAAAGCCCGUGGUGGUGGGGCAGCUCCCGGCCUUGUACAAAGAGAGCAACCUGCUGGGGAGAUGCCUGCUGCCCAUGCCUCUGCCCGUUGUAUACCCGGGGAGUAGCACGCCUUACCUCUGCUUCUCAAACGCCAGCAAGUACUUCAGCCUGUAUGACGGGGACGUAUGAUGGUGAUAUUAAUUCCCCACGUGAAAGAGACACUUUUUGGUGGUCUGUUGCCAAGUUUUCAAGCAUUUACGGUGUUUAGAUGGUGGGCCGGACCUGCGGCCUUACUGUUUAUGAACACUCCAAGUAAAACGGCAGAGGAGUAGCCUACAUAUCACUUCAAAAUAAGAUGAUUCGGUAUUAUUUAUUUUUCUGUCAAAGCUGUGGGUUUUGUAUAGGCCCAACAAUAAACAUGAUAAAGCAACACAUAGCCGUUUUUAGGAAAUAGCAGGCUAAGCUAAUGAUAGCCCGAGGGAGGCCUAAACAGUAUAAAUCCCAACAUUUUAUUGUUUACAUGACAUGGCAUUAUUAUUCUAAUUAUUAUUACCAUCAUUAUUGUUAUCGACAACAGCAUUUCCAGCAGCCUACGCCACCAAAGAAAUUACUAUAGCCUAGCUAUUUGCAUGCAUUUCCUGUAUCAUAAUGAAUUUUGAAUUACUGAAAUUAUCUAUGUAUUUAAAUGAAUGUAAUUAACAUUUUAUUCUAUGUUUCACGCAUGUCUAUUUUUUUUUCUUGAGUAUCCUACUAUUCUUACUUUAUUCCACAUUUGCCUAUAGGCUCAUUACACCAUUUACUGAAACUGCAAUUAAAACAUCUUCAUUCAAGAAAUACUUUUACAGAAUUGAUUUACUAUUUUGAACUGAAUUUUUUGUGUUUCAGGUUUACCAAAACAUGGAAUUGAAUUUAAGGAGGUUAAAAUGUGCUCAGUUAGUGUAUUAAACUGUGGUUUUAACUGUACCUUUGUAAUUCUAGCAUAAAGUGCCACAUAGAUCAUAUUGGUAAAACACUUUAUGAGAAAACUUACUGAUUGAACACAUUGAAUAUCUACCGUGCAAAAAGUUGCAAAAUAUUAAAUCAAAGCAAAAACGUAAACACUUGGUGCCAGUUGAAGGCCCCUUAAUAUAAACAUACAUAAGACACAAUGCUUGCUAAUCAAGUAGGCCCUAAAUUGCUUGUGGUCACACGUUCUUGUCUUGUUUCCAGCAAAAACUCCACCUCAGCAUGUUUAAACCACUGCAUAUUGUGUGUUUUAAGUUGGUACACAUUAUGCAAAACAUGCAUAAAUUC